AUGGAUACCGCCAGCAACGCAGCCGCCAACCCCCCACUGUCGGCGGCGCAAACGAUGUUGAACUGCCCACACGUCGUCGACAGUAUCCUCCGCUGCUCCAAUCGACAGACUCUCGUUGCCUGUCUCCGCGUCAACAAGACGUUUUUCAACACUGCCGGCCCAAUGCUCUACCACACCAUCCGCGUCGACGGCGACAACAUGAGCCGCCUCCUCCGCGGUGCCGUUGCUCAUGAACGGAACAACACGGGCACGGCGGCCGGCGAGGUUGCUGGCUCCACGUCGCUUAGGAGCAAGAACGACCUUCUUGCCCAUGUCCGCGUCGUCUCCGUCGGCUCCCACCAUCCCCACCAGUGCCGGGCUUUCCCCGGAGUGGCGGCCGCGCUUUUCAACGCGGUCCACACGGUUCGGAUUGUGCCCGCCGUCCGCGGCAACAACUACCAGCUGGAAGGCCUGUGUAUGGGCAACCGCUCCACUUGCGCCCUCCUUCAAUGGAAGUCCAUGGAGAAGCUUGUGGUGCGCAACAGCGACUACGGAUCCAUCGAGUCCCUCCUCAAGUCACUCUCCUCCAACACUCCCAAGUCCAUGGUGUUGGUCGUCCCUACCACCGAAGACUCUCUGAUGGACCCCCCUCAACUCCGCAAAGCAACUGGCCAGUUCCCGGGAGUCACGGAGGUCAAGAUCCUAUUCCAGAAGACGUGGGAGGUGUUUCCUCAUCCCCGCAACUUCAAGGCCACCCGAGUCACUCCACAACACCCCGAUGCGGAGCCCAUGGAGCACAGCGUCAUCAUCGACAUGCUCGAGCCGAUGGGGCCGCCCUUGCACGUACACACGAUAUACGGACUGGAGAGCGUCGAGCUUGAGUACGGGGAAGACGAGGACGGAGAAGACGACGACUUUAGGACCCCCGCGACCCAGGAGGCCAUGCAGAAGAUCGUCAAGGACUCGCUCUUGGAGAGUUUCUCAGCCUUCCCGCCACUUCCGAGUAGCGGUAGCUGGCUCUCGUUUAGGACCUUGGCCGAGUACGCGGCCCUCGACGCCACCGAGAAGCAGUACGAGCUCGACGAUGGUCUUGAUGGGUAGUUCUCCAGUGGUGAGGAGGCCGGGGUGAGGAGGAGGAACCUGGAACAGUCCAAGUGACAAGCACGAGACAUCGACAUACAGAACAUCCAUGCCAUGCACUGUCAAUAGUCCCAC